CUUUUAGAUUAUGGAUGUUAUACCGAUUUUGAUAGACCCACAACAUAUUUUCCAGGAAAUAACUUGGAAAAAAUAUGGAUUUUGUUAUUUCUUUAUGCCAUGUUUGUGUUAGUUUUAUCUAAAACAAUAUAGAAUCGCAAAGAUUUCAGCCAAAAAAAAAUAUAUAUAUAUAGAAUCGCAAGGAAGAUUGCAUAGACAAAGUAAAAAGAAAGAAAGAUAAAGAUGGCAACUAGUAACAUGGCCAGUGCAGCAUAUGGGAUUCUACUCCCAUCAAGUCUGGCAUCUAAUACAAGAAGCUCAAGUGCUAAAAACGUUGUCGUUUUUCCUUUAAAGCAUGAAGAUGGUAGAUUAAGGAGGCUAGUUGUAUGUGCAGCCGAAGAGGCUGAUCCAUCACCUCCCAACACCACCACAACCACCACCGCCCCAUCAGAAGCUGAAGCUAAGGCUGCUAAGCCACCUCCUAUUGGGCCUAAGAGGGGCACUAAGGUGAAAAUUCUAAGAAAGGAGUCUUACUGGUACAAUAGUAUCGGAUCGGUUGUAGCAGUAGAUCAGGACCCCAAGAGCCGUUAUCCGGUUGUGGUUAGGUUUAAUAAAGUAAACUAUGCCAAUGUAUCUACUAAUAACUACGCACUGGAUGAAAUUCAAGAAAUAGAGUGAUGGUUUGGUAUUAUGUUACUUUUCUUCUUCAUGUAUACCACUUUCUCUGUAUGUUAGUUUUGUAUUUUCCUCUUAUGCUUCUAUACCAUACAUGUAGUUUGAUUAUUAGAA